GUGGCAGUGUUGGGUAGCGGGGGGAGGGUGGGUAGCGCAAGUGUUAGCAAAUUGUUCUCCAAAUGUUGGGUAAUAAAAGUCGUGUUAACGGAAAACAUACCAAUCGCUGUUGGGUUCAUGUGUAAGCAACAAAAUGAUAUGGGAGUGAGAAAUUAAAUUUACAACACGCACACAUACGCACAGCAAAAGUCAUCAUUAGACGCCGGUUUGGAGAAUAAUUGCAAUUUCAUUACUGUGCGUAUCGUCAUUCAAUAUGGGCUUAUUUUUAGCAGCUACUGUACAGAAGUAUCUUCUCCCCGCUCGAAAUGUCAUUCGUCUCAUGUGUGCACCCUGAUCAGAGUAACCAUGGGAACGGCACAAACCGUCAUUCGCUAAUUUAAUGUAGCAAAUUAAACGGCAGCAACAGUGCGAAAGCAAAACAACGAAACCACCGCGGAAGAUUAUGAGCCUAAUUGCGACCUGCAUCCUGUGUCAGGCUAGGUUACCGUUCGAGAGUUCUAACUCGUGGAUACUGAUACGUCAUUUGCUGGAUAACCACCAUCCGCCGGAAGCUAUGCCGCUAGCGUGCAAUCAAAAUUCAAACCCACCAACAAAACUUACGGUGCCUCGCUGCGAAAGAUCAAAUCAAUUAGUGGCGGAUGAUGAUUCCGGGGAUCAGCAUCAACGGCAAGACGCUGCCCGCUCAGAUCGGCAAAAACGGCCGCGGAAUGUGCUGCUAGGUGUGAGGAAAACUGUCUACAAAACUACCGUUACGCAAUGGAAACCGGCUCGAUUUCGUGUGAAGUGCGGCGAGUGUGGUGGCCGUUUUUAUCCCACCAUUCGUAAUGCAGCGAGUCGCAUAUCGAACGGGCUUGGUGCUGCCUGCAUCCUGUCCUGUUGGCCGUUCUGUUUUCUGCCCGCACUGUUCACCACAGCGAGCAAGUACCAUCUGCACUGCUCGAACUGUAACGCUUAUCUCGGGCUGUACGAUGUCGAGCGUGAUUGCUUGAAGGAAGGAAAAGCCUGAUAGGGAGAGUAUAUGAAUAAACUGUUUGUUUGAUUAGUAUAAUGCAACAUUUGGAUUAAUUUGAGAUCAUAAAUACUAAAUGCUUGUUUUCUAUA